AUGGACUCCCAGCCUCACGGUGCCCACCAAGGGCAGUACCCGCACGCCGUGUCACACGAUCUGAGCAGGAGCACACGCACUGCUCAGGGCCAGUCCGAACAUGAGCACAAUCGUCAGGCCAUUCCGCAAUCGCCUACCCGCCAGUCUGCGCGCAUCCGCCAAGCCCAAGCGAGCAGUCAUGCGGGAACUGCCGCGCAUGCGCCCCAAGGUUCAAAUCCGGGCAAGCUCGAGACGGAUGAUCAUCAGCUCAGCCCUCAUCUUGUCGAUCUGUCCCUCGAGAGCGGUCCAGACACGCUAAGACAGUCAAAAGCGAGCGCGCCUUAUCGCGACCCGCAAAAUCGCUUCACCGCGCUAAGUCAGCCACACUCACUAACGUCUUCACAUGCUUCGCUCUCGCCGGAAGCAGAGCUACAACACUUUAGUGCACUGGCAGAGGAACAGCACAGGAUGCACUAUGGCACGCCUUCGCAUUUCAGUCAAGCAUCCGGCCUGGUAGCCUCCCAGCCAAUUAUGAGUACCUCAUCGCUUCAGUCAGGCGAUGGUGCACCUUUGCAUAGUCGCUUCGGUCAGCAUAGAAUGGAACAUAUUGCCGAACACGCCCAAGAACAUCAUUCGCAAGCAACGAGCCGAUAUCCUACGAGCAUGCCUAUGCCCAUCUACACACGUCACGACUCAACAUCCACCAUGGAUUCUGGUCCCUCCUCACUCUCAUCCGUCAUGCCAAGCCAUUCGAGCAGUGCCCUGACAUCAUGGUCGAGUAACGUCGCCACGGGUACCCCUACCCAACCGCUCCAUUCUCCCUUCUCACAAGCCAGUCAGCAAAGCCGCGGGAUGGCUUCGACACCUCUCGACAGCUUCAUGCGCGGUCCAGCAGGCCCCAAUGGUGACAUCUAUCAUCGAACACGACCUUGCCGAGACGACAUCUUACAAUCCCCUCACGCAGCUAUCGAUACUCAGCUUCAACCUCAUGAGAGGAACCAUAUCUAUGCGUCGCCGCACCAGCAUCAGCGCGCGAUGACAGAAUCUAGAGGCAGCACACCUCAGGCACAUUUACGCACACACGAACGUCGGAAACCGUCGCAAUUCCCAAAACGACCUGUCGAACGACCAUCACACGAGACUGAGCUCGGCUCUGCGCCUGCUCCAGCUCUACAGCGCAGAUUGCCGCCACGGCCGAUCCGCAGCGAAGAAGAUCUCACACAUGCUUACAUCGAAUUUUGUUUGUAUUGUAACCCCCACAUACCCAUCGAUCCAGUCCCAGCAGGCGUCUACGAUCUUCGCCGUUCGUUCAACGCCGUCCCAAAGAGUGGCGCCCGGCAUUUCAAGACCUGGGAUCUACUUGGCCUGCUUGAACGACUCGAAGGCGGCGAGCUACGCACAUGGACACAUCUGUGCACUGAAUUGGGCGUCGAGCGAACCAGCGAGCAGAGUCCUCAGAGGAUCGGGCAAUACAGCGUCAGACUAAAGAGAUGGAUCCGACAGCAUCACAUUGAUGCAUUCUCGGACUAUCUGACAGGCAAGCCCAAUGCUUACUAUGAAGACGUACGAUACCCGGGUCAGAAUGGCUACGAGACUGGCUAUGCAUCGCCUGUGACGCCACAUAGCGCGAUGAGCUCGCCUACCGCUUCAACAUUUCCAAGGUAUUCACCCUCGGCUUCAUCUGUUUCUCUCAGCCAUGCGUUGAGCGGUAGCGGUGGGCAUCACUCGAAAGGUUAUCGCAUCAAGCCGGUUGUCAAGACUGACGACACGGACAUCGUGCUCAAAUAUCUCGAAGGCAAAUUCGGCGCUAAAAACAGGCAUGCAGCGCACGAUAAAACGUUGUCAUACGACAGCGCUAUGUCGACGCCAGCUCCGCAAGACGGCUGGCCUGAUAGCCAAGGCACCAUCAAGCGCAGGCGCGAAGGCUCCCUCGAGCUCGGACAUAGCCACAGCAACUCGAUGACAGACAUCAUGACGGACUCGCUGACGUCGUCCGGGCCAGUCACAUCCGAAGGUAGCCAGUCAUUCACAUUCUCCUCGGCACAUGGUCUUGGGUUCCCUGCACAGCUAUCGCCCGACACCACCUUCUCAGUCUCACGAUCGUCUAUGGGUGGCAUGCCAAGUUCAACUGAGCCCUAUGCAAACGCGUUCGCGCAACCAGCUCACGGCCGUUUUGCUCAAGAUCAACCGUCUUACAUCACUUCUCCGCUGGCGUACGAUUUUGCUGAGGGUCAUCUGCCAGAAGAAGAUGCUCUGAUACGCGCUAAGAUGCUCACCGCUGGCAUGUCCAAAACCGACGUUGCCCGAUGUCUUCAGCAGCUCAGUCAACAUGGCUUUCUUGCCUCGCAAAUUGGCUGUCCUUCGUCGUACGCGCCAGCUUGUCAGGUCGAGGGCGAUGUGCGCGUUGUGCGCAUUGUGUCGGCAGCAACGGAUAUGAUGGCUAGUGACAAUCAACAAAGUCAACACGACACAGUUCCGGCUCAACAGCCGUGGACCGUCCAAUACGUUGUACGCCGAGGCGGCUUUCGAGUCUCGGUCGACUAUACCAUGCAGAUGCGAGAUGUACAUGAGACGGCCAGACCUCACGAGCAAGUGCAUCGACUCGCCUCGGCCCUCAGAAGUAUUCAGGAAGUACUCAACACGACAGGACUGGCUGCAACAGCGAGCUGA